CUUCUUCUCUCUCUCAUCUCAAUCCAAGCAACAACAAAAAAUGAAAUGUUCAGGUCGAAAAGCUCUGCAGCCGAAGAACAUCUUCGAGACCCCAAAGGAGGAUGCUUUCGUGGUGAAGCCCAAAGCUGCUGAGCUGAAGGAGAAUCUGAAUCUUGAGACAGCAAUCGAUGCUUCUCUUGCGGAGGAGCUUAGUGCCUUUAAGAAGAAACUAGAGAGGCAGAGAGAGGAUAGAGAGAGGACUGAGAAGCUGCUAAAGGAGAGAGAUGGAGCCAUGGAUGUGCAGAUGAGCCAUCUUCUCCAGAGAGGAGAGACACAGAAAAGCCUUGAAAUCCAGGUCGAUCGCCUCUUUCGAUUGAAGGAGCUCCACGCCUAUUCCUCUAAGAUUUCCCCAAUCCGAUCUCUGAGAGCCAAGGAGCAUGAGAGGAUGAGACGCUUCAGCUUCGCAGGUGAACCAGAAGAAGAAAGCUCCGUCGAGAAGAAGAAUCUCGAAAGCGACAGCGAGAGCAUCGCAAAUGGGCCCAUGGAACAAGAAGAAUGCUCGACGACCAAGAAGAAGAAUUUGGAGAAAGAGAUGAUCAUCGCAAAUACCCAUCUCUUGAUAUUGUAAUGUCUCGUUACAAUUGGGCUUUUUCCCAUAGGCCCAUUCUUUCUUCCUUUUUUCACUUUGCUCUCUUUUUAGUUUUUAGCCACGCGUGUAUCAUCAUCAAUCAAUCAUAUAAAACACUUCCUUCAUU